UAGUUUUCUGUUUUAAGAAAUGGAUCUUGCGUAUAUGAUAAUAGUCUUAUUUCUAUGCGUUCAAAUAUCCUGUUCAACGGAAUUAAAUGAAGUCUUGAAGAAGUUUUUAAUAACUAACAAAAACUGGUCCGAGAAAAUUUCGAAAGCCGUAGAUGGGUCAACCAUCUUGACAACCUCAUACCACUUUCCGGUAUUUCCAAAAUCUUAUAAAGGUAAACUGAUUCAGUCUGGUCUGGUUCCCGUAGACUGUAGUGAUAUCCGUAAGGCUUUACCGAGUGCACCUAGUGGAGUCUACAAAAUAUACCCGGCAGGAGGAUACGGUCACACGGCGUACUGUGACAUGACCAUGGACGGUGGGGGGUGGACGGUUUUCCAAAAAAGAAUGGAUGGUUCGGUAAAUUUUUUCCGGACUUGGAAGGAAUAUAAAGACGGAUUCGGAAAUCUAAAGGGAGAACAUUGGUUAGGUAACCAAAUUUUGUAUGAAAUAACAAAUCUUGGAUGGUACGAGUUAAGGAUCGAUCUGGAAGAUUUCGAUGGUAAAAAGAGGUUUGCAAAAUACAGUCACUUCAAAAUUGGUCAUGAGGCGCAGGGAUACAAACUGAUGAUAUCAGGAUACACCGGAAAUGCAGGAGAUUCUCUGGCUUUCGCAAACGGUGCCAAGUUUACAACCUAUGAUCGGGAUCAAGAUACUUACAGAGAAAAAAACUGUGCAGUCCACAACAGCGGCGCUUGGUGGUUCACUAACUGUCAACACAGUCACCUAAAUGGGUUUUAUUAUAGGAACCCAACGAUCGCCACAAUUACACAUGGCAUCGUGUGGUAUCUUUGGAAGGGGCAUAAGUAUUCUCUGAAAAGCACAACCAUGAUGCUGAGAAAGCACACUAGCAAGAAAUCAAAUUAAAAAAUAACGACUUUA